CACUCGCAGACCACUUCAGCUCUUUUGUCAUCAUCGCCUAGCACAGUCAGCACAAUGGCUUCCGUAUCCACUUCUACAUCACAUACUUCUGCGACACCAACACCAACAGCGACAACGCCCUCCUCUUACCCCAUCGCCCCUACACAUUCCUCGACCCAGUCUGGCGGCCAGUCCAUUAAUCGCGGUACCGGGGAAUGGAAGAUCAUUGGCGUGGCAGUCAUCUCCUUCAGCGCCGUCGCCGCCAUCCUACUACUCGCCGUAUUCUUCGACCAGUGGUGGAACUUCAUGCGUGACCUCGUCUGGAAAAAGAAGCGAAAGGAUCUCAACCAUGUCGAAGAGCUCAUACCGGACUGGGAGAAGACCGGCUGGGAGAUUCGUAUGGCAAGACAUAAUGACCGUUACCCAUCGCUGCCGCCGCCUGCGCGGACGAAGAGCCUGACAUGCGACGACGAUCUGGAGAAGGCUCCGGUAGAGAACAUGACCGGCAUCGGCUCGGGCUUCGUCCCAAAUAACAUAUACGCACCACAGCCUAUUCGCAGCAAUACCUACGCGCACGGCCUCGGCAUUCUGACACCUGUACCCCAAGCCCGAUACGCAGACCAAUCUCCAGCGCGCUCUACGUCCCUGAAGAGAAGUAACUCUCGCGCAGCACCGCCUUCGCCUGCCAUGACUCUGGUGGAUCCGUACGGGGGAAUUGAGUAAGAGACCCCAUUCAACAGCAUGUAACAUUGGCAGGGUGUUUGGCUACAAUGAAAACUUCGCGCUUCAUGAGCUCUUCGCAUCGCUUUGAACUGGUUGGGCAGGCUGAGUUGAACUUGAUGUGGGCAGGUUUUUCUCGAGCCGGUCUGACACAAGAAGGCCCUAAGAUAGCGAAGCCGGUGAUACCGAGCGAGAUCCUCAGGCGAGUCUUCGCAGGCAGUACUGUGAACAUAAGUAAGAUUGGCACGAGGCCAGGUGAACACUCCAAGUCGCACCUGCCCAUGACUCCCAUACCGACCGCUUGCUCACCGGGAUAUCGCGAAAAGACUUCGGGGACGAACUGGAGGAUUCCGGAGUUUGUUUCGACGACAUGGAAUCGAAGAUGGAACACCCGGAGCGUGCAGGUGUAUGCCACAGUUAUGGUCCAGG